UGCAUGCCCAUAAUGAAUUAGCUGGAAGAUGAGAUUGUAGUCGCAGCGCCGGUAAUUCUUUUGUUAGUUUGUUUUGUUUGUCAUGCUGAAACAAUGUCUUCUGUUGGGUAUUUGAGAGAGUUUGUGAACGAGCGACUGGCUGUAGCUGCUGAGGAGAUAUUCGGAGUUUUUGAGAAAACUGUCGUCGAGUACGAGGAAGAGAUUGAGCGUCUGCGCAGACUGUUGGAUAUCGCCUGGAAACCUGAAAUAAAGCUACACAGGAUAGAGCUCCCACAUGUCUGUAAGGGAGAGGAGGUUCUCACUGACCAACAGCUCUGUAUCCAGGAGAGUCUGGACCAAGAGGACCCAGAGCCUCCACAGAUUAAAGAGGAAGAGGAAGAGGAGGAACUCUGCACCAGUCAGGAGGGAGAGCAGCUUGAACUGAAGGAGGAGGCUGAUACCUUUAUGUUGACUCCAAUAUAUGAGGAAAGUGACCACAGUGAAGAUCAGACUCUGUAUUUGAAUCCUGAUACAACUCUGGAGCAAGAGUCUGUAAUCGACAUACCAGAGGCACACAGUGGCCACCAGCUCCUCUCUCACAGCUCUCAUGUAGCUGAGGGCCAGGAUCAGACAGGAGACAAGUAUGGAGACUCAGAAUCGAGUAGAGAUGCAGAGGCCGAACCUAAAAAAAGACAUUACAAAAGCAGAAGUCACAGUGACAGCGUUAACAGCCUUAAUUUGUCAGAGCUUCACCGUAAAACUCAGGCAGACAAAAGGCCUUUCAAAUGUGACACAUGUGGGAAAGAUUUUAAGUCUGAGUCAAAACUGAGUAUACACUUGAGCAUCCACACAGGUGAGAAACCUUACCUUUGCAAGACCUGCGGGAAAAGAUUUGGUUACAUGUCCGUACUGAAAACUCAUUUACUCAUCCACGCAGAUAAAAAGCCGUAUUUGUGCAAAGCAUGUGGGAAAGGUUUCAGAAUUAGCAGUGCCCUGAAACUCCACAUGAGAAUGCACACAGGUGAGAAGCCGUACCUUUGCAAGACAUGCGGGAAAAGCUUCUGCGCCAUGCAAGUGUUGAAAAGGCAUUUGACAAUCCACACAGACGAGAAGCCGUAUACUUGCAAAACAUGUGGGAGAGCUUUCAGGCAGAGCAGUGACUUAAAAGGCCACAUGAGGAUCCACACAGGCGACAAACCGUACCUUUGCAAGACCUGUGGGAAAACAUUCUGUGACAUCUCAGCGUGGAAAAGGCACAUGAGGGCCCACACGGGCGAGAAACCGUACAUCUGCAAGACCUGCGGGAAGAGAUUUGGUUAUAUGUCAGUACUGAAAACCCAUAUGAGAAUCCACACAGGUGAGAAGCCAUUUUCAUGCAUCACCUGUGAGAAAAAAUUCAGUCGGAGGCCAGACUUGAAAAAGCACAUGAGGAUCCACACAGGUGAGAAACCAUAUGUUUGCACAACAUGUGGGAAAGCCUUCAGACUUAGUGGUGACCUGACAGUCCACAUUAGAAGAGCCCACACUGGUGAGAAACCGUAUCUUUGCAAGAUCUGCGGAAAAAGAUUCUUUGAUGUGUCUUACUUAGCAAAGCAUAUGAGAAUGCAUAUAGACAAGUAGCCUUAAAAAUAUGUGUGACAGAAGUACACGGUCAAAACCCACAAGGACUCGAAGACGUGAGGAGCCACAUAAGUGCAGCACGUGUUUGAUUUUACUCAAAACACUUGAGGAUCAGUUUACACGGGAGAAACCAUAGAGCUGAAACUCUUCUGGAGAAGUAUUCUCUAACUGAUUUAAAUACACUUUUGCAGUAGCUACAUCUCUAAAUGAAUGUAAAUAUUUUCACUUAAGAUGAGAUCGUUAAAUCUUAAUGUAAAGUUUUACUUUAUUUGACUGUUUUAGUGCUGUCCUGAGAGGUGAAGCAUCCUCAAGAAACCCGAGCAAAUCCAGUUGCCUACCACGUAGCACUUAAAACUGUAUUACUUACAUUUCCGUCAGCAAACAGUAUUUCUUUGAAACCAUUUCAAUCAAAAAAAUGUAUUAAAAAAAGCACAUCAAGUUCAAUGUAAUUAAAAUAAUGCUGUGAUCUUUACAGUUUUACCAAAUUCACAAAGCAUCUCUGAAUCACUUUUAGUUUACAGUUUAACAAGAAUUUGUACCUCAAGUGAUAAAAGUUUGAAAGCCUCCGGCACAUUCUGCCAGGUUUAACAUUUGAGAGUGACUGACAUCAGUGUUAUAUGUUACCUUUUUUUUUAUUAAAAAAAAAGGAUAUUAAAUGUACUGUAAAUGUGCCUGUUUGCUGUUUAUAUGCACUACCACUGUUAUAUGUCAGACAAAACAGUUUUUACAUUUCUGCUUGAUAAGUUAAUUAAAAGAUUAAUGGAUUAUCAAAAUGGUUGCUUUUUACUUUCUAAAAUUAGCAGUGUAGCAUCCUGUGCAUUUAACAAAGAUUAAAGGAAGAUUAUACAACACUGUGUACUUAUAAUUGAAUACCGCUAAAAUGCAGCUAUACAGUAUUUUAGCUGUACUCAGAUAAGAAUAUUAUUUUGGAAAAUCUCCAAACUGAUACAGGAAGAAUGCUUGAUUUUCAGUAUUGGUGUAGUCACAGAUGCCCCAGACUUAAAUAUAUAAAUCAAUGGCAGGAAUCGUGGAGUAAUGUCUCUUUAUAGCACCUAAAGUUUUAGGAAUUGUAUCCGUUUUAUGUAAGAAAUGUGGCACUUUUAUUUUGGAAAAUGAAAUCUAAAUGAUACAGUAAAAAUGUUUGAUUUUCAGUAUGUAUGAGACGUCCUGAACUCAAAUAGAUCAGUCAUUGUAAGCAAUUGCGGAGUAUUCUUUUUAUAGCACCUGGAGUUUUGAGUUUCAAGGUAGAUAUGUGGGACUCUUACUUUGGAAAAUAUAUCAGUCAUUUUCAGAUUUUUUCAGCAUUUUAGUUAGUGUUUUUUUUAGCAUGUUAGGUAUUAAUGAUUUUAGCUAUUUCAAGGUACAAAUAUUAGACUUUUACUUUGGAAUAUCUCCAAUUUAAUACAGUAAAAGUGCUUCAUGUGCUGUAUGUAGUUGCAGAUGUCCUCAACUCAAAUGUAGGCUCUCACUGUCAGGAUUUUCUUUGUCCAGCAACCCAAAAAUCAAAGAAUAAAGAC